CGCACUUGUGCUCUCCCGUAAAGCCAGCGCCCGUCGUCGGCCAUCUCUCGGCAUAGAAAUAGCAACUCACCCCCCGAUGACGGACCGUGAAGUGAUGAGGUCAGGAUGGGUGGUCGAUACGCUGGACGAGAUCAAUACAAUCGGGACGGCGUCCUCUGACCCCCCACCGCCCGACGACUGCGGAGCAAGCGCCUCACCAUCAUGGGCGCCACCCAAGGCUCCGACUAGACCGACGAGGCCAGCCAGCCAGGCGCCGACCUUUGGCAGCGCGGAUGCACCCCCGCCGCCAUACGUCGAAAGUGAACCAGCACCGCCGGCGUUCGACGCGGAUUAUCAUCGCCCGGGGUUUUUGCUCUUGGGCGUGCGCCCGCGGCCGUUUGAUUACCACCUAGGUGACCUGGAUUCCGCAUAUACGGCAGCCACCCCGCGUCGGCGGACGAGCGGAGCGCCGUGGGAUGGGACCCAUCGUGCUUGGAUGUGGUUUGGCGGCCUCGGCGUGUUCGCUUGCUUUGUUGCGGCGGCCGGUUUGACCGUGGCCUCCCUGAAACUCCUCGACGACAAGGACGUCGGAGCUGCUGGCAUCAUCGCAAUGAUUUCAACCAUAGUUGAAGGGCUCUGCAUGUCGAUAGUCUUGCCGUGUCUCUACUGCUGUCUGGGAGGCGCCGCUGCGUGCGCCUGGUUCGCACUGGUCAUUCUCGAGGCCGCGAGCAUAGGCGUGUAUGUCAUCUACGUGGUGGAUCGCACUAACAAAGCCGACAUAUGCGCGACUACCAUCUUUGGUGACUGCACACGUGGCGUGUCGCUUGCGGCAGGUAUGGGGGUUUGCCGGAUCCUUAUGGUCGUUUUUGCCGCCUUGAUUAUUUACGUAUACGGGUUGAAAACACAGUGGUGGCGGCCGCCGAGACGGCAGAUAUUAAGACAAUCCGACCCUGACAUGAACGGGGCGGGCUCACCAGGCGCCUGAUAUUGGAUCUCUGAG